AUGGAAGCUCUCCUGUCGGCUUCUCCCAGUAGCAUGAAUUGCACUAUGAGGCAUCUCUCAUUUCUGUCAAGAUCAACAGGUGACAUUGCCAUAGGGCAAGAGUAUUUGUCGAUUCCUGACCAAAGUAAGCUGCAUCAGGUGCCCCUGGAUCAUGUUGGGAAUGGUCAGCAUCAUAACUCGCCUAUUCCAUUCAAUUCAUUCCUGAGUGGUAUAAAACAGCGCUUGCUUUCAUUCAUAUAUCGAAGGAUAUGGAAUGAAGAAACUGAUCAAACCCCGAGAAUCCAGUGCCUGAAGAAGAAGUUUUUCUUCCAUUUCCAAGAUUAUGUUGAUUUAAUUAUCUGGAAGGUACAGUUCUUGGACCGCCGUCACCUACUAAUCAAGUUUGGUAGUGUUGAUGGAGGGGUAUCACGAAAUGCUGAUAACCAUCCUGCAUUCUUUGCUGUAUAUAACAUGGAGACAACUGAGAUUAUUGCUUUUUAUCAGAAUUCGCCAGAUGAGCUUUACUUCUUGUUUGAACAGUUCUGCGACCACUUUCAUGCAAUAUCAAAAAAUUCAUUGCAUAUGAACUUUAUAUCAUCUCACUCAAAUAAUAUUCAUGCUCUUGAGCAACUAAGGUGCAAUAAAAACAAAGCCAACAGCUUUUCCCAGUUUGUGAAGAAGAUGCUAGCCUCUUUGCCUUUUAGUUGCCAGUCGCAGAGUCCUUCCCCCUAUUUUGAUCAAUCUCUUUUUCGAUUUGAUGAAAAGCUGAUUUCUGCAACUGACCGACACAGACAGUCCACCGACCAUCCCAUCAGGUUCAUUUCAAGGCAACUGAAUAUCCUCAAAUUCAAGAUUAAACCAGGACCAGAAGGUGGCAGCACAGAUACUCGGACUAAGAAAAUCUCUUCGUUUCACUUCCAUCCAUUUUUACCCCUCGCACUCUCCGUCCAGCAGACUUUAUUUAUGCAGCCAGCUGUUGUAAAUAUUCACUUUCGAAGAUAAAGCUCUCAAGCGCACUUGUUUUGGAUUCUGCUAUGGGCAGGAGUCUGGUGCAUUAAGGACGACUUUCAAUUAUAUCACAUUAAUGUGAUCAUUAUUUGUACUUUAUAUUUCUUGCCUGAUAGGUUCUUAUUGUAAGUGACGGUGAAUAAUUUUGAGAAAAUUGUUGAAAAUUGUAAAGUUGGUACCUAAUUUAUAAAUAAGUCCGGGCUUGUACUUUUUAAGGUGUAAAGUCUAACUCAGCUAAACU